AUGACAACAAAGGGACUCUGUCUCGUCGCCGCUACGGCUGCUCUUUCAGGCGUCUCAGCUCUUCAGAUUCCGCUUAACCUCCAGGUUCCUAAGCUCUCAUGGAGUCCUUGGGGCAAUGACUUGCCCUUGAUUGACACCAAGGACCUUCAGAAGAGCAUCAAGCCCGAGAACCUCGAGGCCAGAGCAAAGGAUCUGUACGAAAUUGCCAAGAAUGGCGAGGAGGAGUAUGGGCAUCCUACUCGUGUUAUCGGCAGUGAAGGUCAUGUCGGCACGCUGGCCUACAUCCAUGCUGAGCUAGCUAAGCUGGGCGGAUACUAUUCCGUCUCCAACCAGCAGUUCCCUGCUGUUUCGGGCAAUGUCUAUGAGUCUCGACUCAUUCUCGGCGACUCUGUACCCAAGCAGGUCUCGCCUAUGGGCCUGACCCCCCCUACCAAGAACAAGGAGCCUGUUCACGGCGACGUUAUUCUUGUCAACAAUGAAGGAUGCGACGAGUCCGAUUUCCCUAAGGAAGUCAACGGCAACAUUGCUCUUGUGCUUCGUGGUACUUGCCCAUUCGGCACCAAGUCCGAGAACGCUGGCAAAGCGGGCGCUAUUGCUGCUAUUGUAUACAACUAUGAGAAGGAUGAGGUCCACGGCACCCUGGGUACCCCUUCUCCCAACCACGUUGCUACCUUCGGUCUCGGCGGCGAGGAGGGCAAGGCGGUUGCCGAGAAGCUUAAGGAUGGCGAGAAGGUUGAUGCUAUUGCUUACAUCAACUCUGAGGUCAAGACUAUUUCUACUACCAACAUCAUUGCCCAGACACGUGGUGGCGACCCCGACAACUGUGUCAUGCUCGGCGGCCACAGUGACAGUGUCACCGAGGGCCCUGGCAUCAACGACGAUGGUUCUGGCAGUAUCUCCGUGCUCGAGGUUGCUGUUCAGCUGACCAAGUACCGCGUCAACAACUGCGUCCGCUUUGCUUGGUGGGCCGCCGAGGAGGAGGGUCUCCUCGGAUCCGACCACUACGUCUCCGUCCUCUCCGAGGAGGAGAACCGCAAGAUCCGCCUCUUCAUGGACUACGACAUGAUGGCCAGUCCCAACUUUGCCUACCAGAUCUACAACGCCACUAACGCUGCAAACCCCAAGGGAUCUGAGGAGCUGCGCAACCUUUACGUUGAUUGGUACGAGGAUCAGGGCCUUAACUACACUUUCAUUCCCUUCGACGGCCGUAGUGACUACGAUGGCUUUAUCCGUGGUGGAAUUCCCGCCGGAGGUAUCGCCACUGGUGCCGAGGGAGUCAAGACCGAGCGUGAGGUUGAGAUGUUCGGCGGACAAGCCGGUGUCUGGUACGACAAGAACUAUCAUCAGAUUGGCGAUGAUCUGACCAACCUCAACUACACUGCCUGGGAGGUGAACACCAAGCUUAUUGCCCACUCCGUCGCUACAUAUGCCAAGUCGUUCAAGGGCUUCCCCGAGCGAUCUACCGAGGCCACUGUCCAGACUGAGACCUACUCUGGUAAGACCAAGUACCACGGCAGCAAGCUCUACAUGUAG